AUGAUGUCCCGCUAUGACGAUGUUCGUCACAUUACGGACGAAAGCCCAGCAAGGAUUCAUCGGGGUCACAGAGCGGUGCUCAGAGGACCAUUUGCACAAAACUACUAUCACACAUCCAAGGCAAUCCUACUGCGACUUCCUGUGAGACCAACCUACGAAUCUUUUCCAUCUGCUUCUUCAUGCGAAAUGAAAGUGUAUUUUGACUUUGCUGAAGAGCAUGCUGCUGUUGUUGCUGCUGCUGGAGAAGAUGAUGCUGGGUUAACUGUUGUUGGGCCUGUUGCUGUUGGUGCUGAUGAUGUUGAUGCUGUGCCUGGAGCAAUUGAUGCUGAUGCUGUUGAUGCUGUUGUUGCGCUUGCUGCUGCUGUUGGUGGGACGUGGCAGUUCCCAGGGUUCCAGAAGUCUGGUGGCCAGCUGGUGCAAUAA